CGGGGGAGUAUAUGAUACCGGAACGAUGAGCCAAGCAAACAGAUGAUGUGCCAACAGAGUGAUGAUGUGCCAACAGGGUGCUGAUGAGUCAGAAGAGCGCGAGCGAUAAACCAACGAGCAGAUGAUGAUUCUGGCGGCGGGCCAAGGAACGGAUGAGUCGUCAGAUAAUGAGCCAGCAUGUAGCUGAUUAGUCGGAUGAGCCAGCAAGAUAAUUGAGCCAUGGCUCACUUUAUCUGUACGGGUCACCGGUAGACCGGGAGGUGGAGGCACGUGACGAGUAGCCACAGCCGUAGCGAGCGGUAUACUGGAUGUGGUGUGCCGGGCGCGGAGAUAUUUUCCGUGUCUCUGACCCGGACAGAUCCGGCUCACGAUAAGCCGUGGAGGAACUAAGGCGACAACUACGAGCCACCUCACAGCUGAUGAUUCACGGUCGAUCUGAGUUAGCGCACAGCUGAUGAGUCACGGUAAAUGUGAGUUAGCGCACAGCUGUUGAGUGAGAUACUGACCGAGCGCAAUGCUGAUUCACCGGAGCAUAAGUCACCUUAACAGCUGAUGAGCCACGACGCAUAUGAGCCAGCACACAGCUAAUUAGCACGAUGGUGAGCCAGGGCACAACUGUUGAGCCCCGUUCGUACACGAGGCAUCGCACAGCCGACGAGCGGGCGCGCAAUUAAACGCCUCCCACAUCCUCCUCGCCGCCGUCUUUGUCUCGACGCACGCGUACGUGGGGACGUCACGACUCGCCUCGGAUCCCCGUUCCAUUGGUCCGAAGGCGUCGCUCCACGAGCCGGCCCUCGGAACGCCCCCGCCGCGCCUUGUACGGCGCUGGAGGGCGGCUGCUGCUGCUGCUGCUCCGUGAAGAGCGAAGGGAGAGAGUGCGGGCAGACGGAGACGCGAGGAUCGCGGAGGGAGGAACGCGGAGCGCCGAAGCGGCGCGGUGUGUUGUGUUGCGGCGCGGACCCGUCCGGGACGCGUUCCUCAUCCACAGUGGAGGCUUGCCAGCAGCGCGCACCAGCAGAGACGGGGAUCAAAGAGAAGGAGGCGGUGGGAUCCUGCAGAGACUAACGAGGGGGUGGGUUGGGGGGGGGGGCACUGGAGGAAGCAGCAGCACCGACCUGUGCUGGAGUUCAGCUUUAACAUCAACACCCCUGCACGUGCAGAAUAAUAGUGCUGCUGCGACUACUGACUACUCUUAACUGUUCGAUAUCGACAUACAGACACGCGCACGUCUCCCAUCAUCACGUGGCUAACGCGCCCGGUGGGGGGGGGGGGGCGGAUGGGACGAGCACCUCUUUACCUGUGAUGAUUACGACGACGAUGAUGAUGAUGCUGAUGAAUACGAAGAUGGUCGCAGGGAUAAGCGAGCGGAGGAGGAGGAGGAAGAGCCAGUGAAUCGAGAGAAAGUUUGGCGACGCAAGACGGCGCCGGACGUGAUCGAGGCGAGGGAGGUAUCUGGAGGCGAGGGAUCAGCAGUUCGGCGGGGAUCAGACCGGAUUACUCGCCAGUCGCUACGGGAGCCGAGCACAAGCUCACUGAGCAACCCCAGAGCCUCGAGGAGGAGCCCACGACGGAAUACAAAAGAAGAGCAGCAGCAACACAUCCGGACGCGGACGAUGCCGGCGAGGCGCGCGGGAUCAGGAUCUACGUGAGGGCCCCACAGCUCGGGUCGAGAGACCGCGGAGGACGACGCGACGAUCCGAGCGGGACGACGAAGACGGGGCGGGGGAGGGGGGGCGGCCCGCUCGUCCACACAUCCGCUCGUCCACACAUUCGCUCGUCCACACAUUCGCUCGUCAGCCGCACGAUGGCGCGACCCCGCGCCGGUGGCCUGCAGGCUUCGCUCGCCACGCUGGUGGUGCUCUCCUACCACUGCAACAUCCUGACGGUCGCCAACUCUCCCCCAUGGUUCACGCGGACCCCUGCGGACCAGACGGGUGUGUCCGGUGGCGUGGCCUCCUUCGUGUGCAAGGCCCAGGGCAACCCACGGCCGCAGAUCUCGUGGUUGAAGAAGGGCAAGAGAGUGAGCGCCCAGCGCUUCGAGGUACAGGGAGUGAUCGAGUUUGACGGCGGCCUGGGCUCCGUGCUGCGCAUCCAGCCGCUUCGGCCGCAGCGCGACGAGGGCACCUUCGAGUGCAUGGCCUCCAACGGCGGCGGUGUGGUCACCGCCAGCGCCCAGCUCAGCGUGCUGCAAGUCGGAUCGACCGAGGACAAGCUCCCGCCGGGCUUUCCGGUCAUAGAGAUGGGCCCCCAGCUGAAGGUGGUGGAGCGCUCGCGCACCGCCACGAUGCUGUGCGCCGUCAGCGGCCAGCCCGAGCCCGAGAUCUCCUGGUACAAGGACUUCCUGCCCGUCGACACGAGCAAGAGCGGGGGCCGCAUCAAGCUGCUGGUCGCCGAACCCCUGAGUGGCUCCACGCCAAUACGAGGAGCCCUACAGAUCGACAACAGCCAGGAGAUGGACCAGGGCAAGUACGAAUGCGUGGCGAGUAACAGCGUGGGAACUCGCUACUCGGCACCCGCCAACCUCUUCGUGAAAGUUCGCACCAUCCCGCCGCGCUUCUCCGUCCUUCCCGCGAGCCACGAGAUCAUGCCGGGAGGCAGCGUGAACCUGACGUGCGUGGCCAUCGGCUCGCCAAUGCCGUACGUCAAGUGGAAGCUCGGCCACAAGGACCUGACGCCAGAGGCUGAUAUGCCCAUCGGGCGCAACGUCCUGGAGCUCACUGGCAUCCAGGAGUCGGGCAACUACACCUGCGUGGCCAUAUCCAGCCUGGGCGUCAUCGAAGUGGAGGCACAGAUCACCGUCAAGGCCCUGCCGAAGGCCCUGGGCACGUUGACGAUGACGGAAACGACGGCGACCAGCGUGACGCUGACGUGGGACUCGCUCAGUCCUGACCCUGUCCUCUUCUACAUCAUCCAGUACAAGCUGCAGUCGUCGGAGGGCCCCUUCCAGGAGACGGACGCCGUGCCCACCACGCGCUACACGGUCGGGGGCCUCAACCCCAACUCCAAGUACGAGCUCCAGGUGCUGGCGGUGAACAACAUUGGGCGCGGGCCGCCCAGCCCGCCGGCGUUCGCGCGCACGGGCGAGCAGGCGCCGUCGAGCCCCCCGCGCAACGUGCGCGCUCGCAUGCUGGGCGCCCCCACCGUCCUGGUGGUGACGUGGGAGGAGCCCGAGGAGCCCAACGGGGUGAUCUGCGGCUACCGCGUUUACUACACCGCCGACGCCGUGCAGCCGGCGAGCACCUGGCUGAAGCACAACGUCGACGACAACCUCCUCGCCACCAUCGGCGGCCUGCUGCCGGACUCGCUCUACGCCCUGCGCGUGCUCGCGUUCACGUCCGUCGGCGACGGGCCCUUCUCCGGCGAGAUCUACAUCAAGACCACCAUGGGAGUUCCUGGCCAGCCGGUUAACCUGAAGGCAGAAGCAGAGUCCGACUCGAGUAUUCUGUUGUGCUGGACUCCCCCGCAUUACGGCGACAUCGCCAGCUACGAGCUGAGCAUCCGCCACGGAGACAACAAGGAGGAGGUGGUGACGCUGGAGCCCACCAUGACGUUCCUGCGCGAGGGCCUGCAGCCUGACACCAUCUACCACUUCCAGCUGGCGGCGCGCUCCCAGACCGGGCUGGGGCCCGCCACCUUCACCGUCACGGAGCGCACCAUGCAGUCAACCCCCUCCGCACCCCCACAAAACAUAGCGUGCGUGGCCCUGAGCUCCAGCAGCCUGCUGGUCAGCUGGGAGCCGCCACCCGCACACAGCCAGCACGGUAGCAUCACGGGGUACACGGUCGCGUACAGGGCGCUGCCCAGCCAAGGCGCGGCGCACGCACCCGACAGAGACGCACCGCACACAGACGCAGACGCGGACGCCGAUGAGUCGGGGAGGAGGGACGACGAUGAAGGGGACGACGGGGACGAAGCGCACGGCACGGGAGGGCGCCCGAGCGGGGGGGGCGGCUGGCGCCAGACGCCGCGGCAGCCCGAGGACCGGAGGAGCGUGAAGCUGCACGGGCUGACCAAGUGGGCCCCGUACGAGGUGACGGUGCGGGCCCACACAGUGGUUGGCCCGGGGCCCCCGUCACUGCCCAUCCAGGCACGCACACUCGAGGAUGUGCCGAGCGGACCGCCCCGGCGCGUGGAGCUGGAGACGGUGAACUCGACGACGGUGCGCGUCACGUGGCGAACGCCCACGGCGGGCCGCCAACACGGGCAGGUGCGCGGCUACCAGGUGCACUACUCCCGCGUGGAGGCCGGGCAGCCGCAGGGGGCGCCCGCCGUGCGCGACCUCAUGCUCUCCGACAAGCAGCUGGAAAUGGAUGACUCGGCUGACUACGAGCUGGUGGUGUCGGGGUUGAGGCCCGAGAGCACGUACUCCUUCACCGUGACGGCCUACACCGCCAAGGGGGACGGAGCGCGCAGCAAGGCCAAGCUCAUCGCCACCGGGGCCGCAGUGCCUGACAGACCGAGCGUGCAGGUGUCCCUGCCGGAGUCCACGGUGGCGCUGGUCACGUGGCAGGCGCCGGACGAGACGCACGGCGCCCUGCAGGGCUACCGCUUCUCCUACGGCCGCGAGGACGUGCGGCCGCUCUCCUCGCUGGAGUUCGACGAGCGCCAGGAACGCCACACGAUCACCGGCCUGCACCAGGGCGCCACCUACGUGUUCCGGGUGGCGGCGAAAAACCGGGCGGGCCUCGGCGAGGAAGGGGAGGCUCGGGUCACCACGCCCGAGGGCGUGCCGAGCGGCGUCCCGCAGAGCCUCGUGGUGGCGUGGCUGAGCGCGAGCGCGGCGCAGCUGCGCUGGGAGCCGCCGGUGCUGGCGCGGCAGAACGGGCGCAUCGUGCGCUACACGCUGGCGUACCGCGAGAUGAGCAACCGCGAGGAGGCGUCGGUGUCGUCGGCGAGCGCCGGCGCCACGCUCGCGAACCUCAAGCCGGACACGGUGUACGUGGUGAAGGUGCAGGCACACACCGCCAAGGGGGCCGGACCCUUCGGACCCAGCAACACUUUCCGCACGGCCAUCGUCGAUCAGGCAGGUUUUGCCAAAAAUUUCCGAGUCAAGGCCGUGAUGAAGACGGCCGUUCUCUUCUCCUGGGAGACGCCGGAUUCCUACGGCACGCCGUUCCGGAUCCUCGUGAACAACAACCGCAGCGUGGAGAUGGAGGAGCGCGCCACGCACCGGCUCAUCAGCGACCUCUCGCCGGACACGGAGUACUCGUUUGGGCUCACCCACCGGGGGAGCGCGGCGGGCGGCCUGCAGCAGGUGGUGACGGUGCGCACGGCGCCCGACACACUGCGAGCGCGUCCCACCUUCCUCGGGAAGGUGUCGGCGGACGGCAGCGUGACGGUGUCGCUGCCGCAAGUGUCCAACCAGCUGCACAUCCGGGCUUACUACCUGGUGGUGGUGCCCCUGAAGAGGAUGGGGAAUCGCGCAGAGAUCCCCUGGGACACGCCUGACCAGAUGGAGCUGGACAAGCUGCUCGACACGCUGCGCGACCGCCGCAGCGUUAGCGCCAUCCGCCGCCGACCUCGCUCGGCCCUCGACUUCCCACGCCCGGUCCCGGCCGCCGACGGCGACGACCGCGACCGGUGGCGUCAACGGCGGGAGCAGCGGCGGCGGCAGCGGUGGCAAAGGCAGCGGCGGUGGCAGCGCCGGCGGCGACGAUCGGCCGGCGGCGGAGACGGAGCGUGGGCGCCGUACGUGGCGGCGCGGCUCGCGUCGCUCCCGCCCGAGUUCACGCUGGGCGACGAGCGGAGCUACGACGGCUUCUACAACCGGCGGCUCGAGCCCGGCCGCGACUACACCUUCUUCCUCAUUGCGGCCGUCAACGCCAGCGAGCCGGCCGUCUACGUGACGAGCCCCUACUCGGAGCCCGCCCUGCUGGACGUGCACACACUGGGGCUGGUGCGCGAGGAGGAGGAGGGGCUGCUGUGGGUGGUGGGGCCGGUCAUCGCCGUGCUCAUCAUCAUCCUGGUCGUCAUCGGCAUCCUGCUCUACAAGAGUGAGCCAGGAAGAAAGCGCCGGGAGGGCCAAGCAGGAAAGGGAGGAGCCACGGGCUUUCCCAGCAACAAGGACAUCCCGACACCCAACCACUCGGAUCCAGUCCAACUCAGACGUCUCAACCACCAAACGCCAGGCAUGAUGAACCACCCGCCCAUCGCCGUGGCCGACCUCGAGGAGCACGUGGAGAGGCUCCGAGCCAACGACGGUCUCAAGUUCUCGCAGGAGUACGAGUCAAUCGACCCCGGGCAGCAGUUCACGUGGGAGCACUCGAACCUGGAGGUGAACAAGGCGAAGAACCGCUACGCCAACGUCAUCGCGUACGACCACUCACGCGUCAUCCUGCAGAGCCUGAGCGGCGUGCAAAACAGCGACUACAUCAACGCCAACUACAUCGACGGCUACCGCAAGCAGAAUGCCUACAUCGCCACCCAGGGUCCGCUGCCCGAGACGACCAGCGAUUUCUGGAGGAUGGUGUGGGAGCAGGGGAGCGUCACGAUCGUCAUGAUGACGCGGCUGGAGGAGAGGGCACGGGUGAAGUGCGAGCAGUACUGGCCGAGCCGCGGGGCGGAGACGUACGCGACGAUACACGUGUCGCUGCUGGACUCGCUGGAGCUCGCCACGUACCACGUUCGCACCUUCAGCCUCGGCAAGACGGGCUCCAGCGAGAAGCGGGAGGUGCGGCAGUUCCAGUUCACGGCGUGGCCAGACCACGGCGUCCCCGAGUACCCGACGCCCUUCCUGGCGUUCCUGCGGCGCGUCAAGGCCUGCAACCCGCCCGACGUGGGGCCCAUGGUGGUGCACUGCAGCGCUGGAGUGGGCCGGACCGGCUGCUUCAUGGUCAUGGACGCGAUGCUGGAGCGAAUGCGCACCGAGAACUCCGUCGACGUCUACGGCCAGGUGACGUGCAUGCGGGCGCAGCGGAACUACAUGGUGCAGACGGAGGAGCAGUACGUGUUUGUGCACGAGGCGCUGCUCGAGGCCUCCACCGUAGGCUGCACCGAGGUGCCGGCGCGCUCACUCUACGCGCACCUGCAGCGGCUCGGCGUCGUGGAGCCGGGCGACACGGCCACCGGCAUGGAGCUCGAGUUCAAGCGUUUGUCCAACACCAAGAUGCAGACGUUGCGGUUCAUCACGGCCAACCUGCCGUGCAACAAGUUCAAGAACCGGCUGGUGAACGUGAUGCCGUACGAGAGCACGCGCGUCGCACUGCAGCCCAUCCGCGGGCUCGAGGGCUCCGACUACAUCAAUGCCAGCUACAUCGACGGAUACCGGCAACAGGGCGCAUACAUCGCUACACAAGGUCCUCUUCCUGAAACGACGGAGGACUUCUGGAGGAUGCUUUGGGAGCAGAACUCCACCAUCGUGGUCAUGCUGACUAAGCUUAGAGAGAUGGGACGGGAGAAGUGCCACCAGUACUGGCCGGCGGAGCGCUCGGCGCGCUACCAGUACUUCGUGGUGGACCCCAUGGCAGAGUACAACAUGCCGCAGUACGUGCUGCGCGAGUUCAAGGUCACCGACGCCAGGGACGGACAGUCGCGCACCGUGCGUCAGUUCCAGUUCACGGACUGGCCCGAGCAGGGCGUACCCAAGUCGGGCGAGGGCUUCAUCGACUUCAUCGGCCAGGUGCACAAGACCAAGGAGCAGUUUGGCCAGGAUGGGCCCAUCACCGUGCACUGCAGCGCUGGCGUGGGGCGGACGGGCGUGUUCGUGACGCUGAGCAUCGUUCUCGAGCGCAUGCGCUACGAGGGGACCGUCGAUGUGUUCCAGACGGUGAAGAUGCUGCGCACGCAGCGCGCCGCCAUGAUACAGACCGAGGACCAGUAUCAGUUCUGCUACCAGGCUGCCCUGGAGUACCUGGGCAGCUUCGACCACUACGCCAUGUGAGAGUGCCAGCGGCGCGAUGGACUCGGCGGUGCCUCGCGCGCCCGUCCCGGAUUCGCCGUCUCAAACGAGCCGACGCUCGCGACGAUGGAGUCGGAGUUGCACUGUCGGUCGAGGGUGGGGGGGGUGACUGGGCCGGGCCGGCGGCUUUGGGCGUGCAGGAGGAGGUGGCGGUGGCGGGGGCAGCUGUGGAAAUUCACCGCGGGAGCUCCCCUGCAAUUUACUCCGAGCGCCUCUCGCAGCACCAUCCCUGGCCCCUCACCACCCUUCAACAGCAGACAGGAGUGAUGCAGCAGCAGCAGCAGCAACAGCAGCAGUAGCAAGAGGUUUUGUUUUCAUAUUCGUCCCGUCUGUACGUUUCGUCCGUUCGUCUGUUUCGUUUUUUUAAAGAAUAAUGUUUUUUUUUUGUUUGGGGGGGGGGGGGAGAGGCAGGGGAUGGUGAGAGGAGGUGGGGGGCGUUGUCGUGGAGAUUUCGUAACAAACAAAAACCUCUUGAACCAAAAAAACUGCGGAGAACUUUGGCGGCCGAUAUUUGUGGUGAUUACCUCAAAACGGUCACACAAGCGGCCGCGAUGGGGGGGGGGGGUGGUGGUGGUGGUGGUGGUGACCGAAGCGGCGGCAGGAGACGGGGACGGAGGUGGCGCUGGGGGUGUGGCGGUGGCGGCGAGGGUCGAGCGGGAAGUGAGCGCCUCCCCAACUCCCGCCGCUCCGAGGUUCUAGCGGGGCUCCGGCGAGGAGGAGCCGGCCUCUUGAGCUGCCCCACCGCUGUCAAGACGCCCGUCAAGCCGAGGAGGGGGCGAGGGAGGACACGUGGUGGGGCACGCAGACGUUGCGGUGGCGCCGGUGGUGGUGGUGGUGGUGGUGGAGGGGUAAAAGGGGUGAGGAUAAACACCUCGCGAUUCAUUAAAACCACGACACAUGGGGACACACACACACACCGGUUCGCACACACACACACAUAAACUAAUGUAUAGAGAGACUUAAUUUUUCAGCCAUUAAUGUAUGUAACUGUAAUGUAUAAAUAAUACAGUAAUGUAUGUCCCCCCUGAUUUAAAAAAAACAAUGCUCUCCGAUAGACCGCUGGUGGUGGUGGUGACAGGCGGAUGGGCUCUUGGUGUGUGUGCGUGCGUGUGUACGUUUAAUCCGCGUCGAGCUUUGUAUUUUAUUUUAUUUUUAAACGUGUGCUAUGGUUCAAGGUCGCUCCACGGGAAAAAAAAAUAUAUGCGGACGUCGACGGCGAACCUGACAAUCCUCCGGAGCGGGAGUACGGUACAGCGUCCCUGUCUCUCGCUCGCCAGCCCUGCCCUACGCUCUCCGCACAGCUACCCACCACCGUAGUGGCUCUACAGGGAGAUCGAUGAGGGUGAGGGCAGUGGGUACCCCCCCCCCCCUCUCUUGCCAUGUCCGUGUGAGCAAACCUCAUCUGAUCCUGUGGUGAUGCCCAAGUCCAGAAGGGCGAACCUUCCAAACAAACCCUGCAGUUAAUUCGUUGGCCGCGUAAGAAUCGUGGCUCUGCACUUGUUUUAUUUGCGAUAGAUUCGUUGUUGGCGUACAACAGUUUUGUAGACAAUCCCCAAUAAUUGCUGUUUGGCUGGUCCCCUCAAAAGCACCAAAAAAAAAUCUCCCCUCCUAUUCUCAUCUUUCGUCGUACGUGACAAUGUCGCUGCACGGUUAACUUAACAACAAUUGUAUUUGUUGGACUUUUGACCACUUAACGAUAUCUCCGUUCCUUCUGUUGGACCCAGAAGUCGUCAUUGAGCUGUGAUCAGGCUGUGUCUAUCCACUCGGUCCCAAAAGCAUUCGCAUCUCCAUACAAAAGCGUGCGUGUGUGCCACAUAGGCUAUGUAUGGCCGCAAAUACAAAAAGAAAAGUCCGGCUGGGAUGACCCCUCAACUUUUGGUGCGAAAGCCAAACACACAAUUCUCUUCUAGUUGAACGUUUUCGGAGCAGCUCACUGAACGUUAUUUUUUUUUCCUGACGAAGCAGAGUGUGGCGCUCUGCGCUAGGCUCUACACCGCACCGCGCGUGUGGGCAAGGGCGAUGCUCCUGUCCUGCAUGCCGCCAAUGUGACCACAAUUCCAGUGUCCACUCUUACCACUCAAUGCAUUUGGUGCGCGCGCGUGUGAGUUAUCGCGUGGAUCUGUUUAAACAAGAGCUAAUUUUUUUUAUGACAAAGGUUAUAUAUGUAUGCUGUUCGGUUAUACAAGUCAGCCUUACACCGCAGUGUUGUAGCCCACACACCCUGUAAUGUGUAUGAGCCAAGCUGGGUUUUUUUUUGUAUUGUAAUAAAGUUCUGGAUUCAAAAGCG